AAAAAGGGUAAGGCCUCAGCUCUUACAGAAGAAAUGUAUAGGAAAAUUGGAGGGAUGAUGUUGAUAGGGCUUUUGGCCUUUGCGUAUAAAGAAAUUCAGGCACCACCGGCAAGAACAUGCGGUUCUGCAGGUGGUCCUCCGAUCACAGCUCCAAGAAUAAAGCUGAGAGAUGGAAGACAUUUAGCAUAUGCAGAAUAUGGUGUUCCCAGAGAAGUAGCGAAGAACAAGAUUGUAUUCUUACACGCCUUUGCAUCUUCGAGACAUGAUACUAUGGUUGCAACAAGCCUUCCCCAGGGACUUCUCGAGGAACUGGGAGCUUACAUCGUGUCUUUUGAUAGAGCUGGUUAUGGAGAGAGUGAUCCUGAUCCUAAUCGAACAGUGAAAAGUUUGGCUCUUGAUGUUGAAGAGCUUGCAGAUAAAUUGGGACUUGGAGCUAAGUUUUAUGUCAUGGGAUUUUCCAUGGGAGGACAAGCUGUUUGGGGUUGCCUCAAGUUCAUUCCUCACAGACUUGCUGGUGCAACACUGUUGACGCCAGUAGUCAACUAUUGGUGGCAUAACAUUCCAAAGAACAUGUCGACAAAGGCAUUCUACGAGCAACCAAAACAAGACCAAUGGUCACUGAGAGUUACUCACUAUGUUCCAUGGCUAACUCACUGGUGGUUAACUCAGAAGUGGUUUCCUUCAUCAAGUGUUGUUCAACUCAAUCCUGCUGUUUUCUCCCACCAAGAUUUGUCAAUCCUUUCCAACCUCUUCAGACCACAUCAGUCACAGGUGCAACAACAAGGUGAUGCUGAAUCCGUUUGUCGUGACUCAAUAGUUGGAUUUGGAAGUUGGGAUUUUGAUCCACUUGAUAUUGAUAACCCUUUUCCAGAUAAUGAAGGUCACGUUCAUCUAUGGCAAGGCGAUGAUGAUCAUCUUAUCCCUGUUAUGCUACAACGUUAUAUUGCCCAAAACAUUCCUUGGAUUCAAUACCAUGAAUUGUCUGGUGCUGGACACAUGUUUCCAUACCUAGAGGAAGUGAGUGCAGCUAUCAUCAAAACACAAUUAGCCGAUUAAAAAUUACUAUAAAUUUCAAUUAGUCAUCAAGAUUGUUCGGAUUGAUCAUUUUAAUGAUUGGGGUUUUAAAUUUUUUGUUAGUCUUAACUUUAUUUAAUGUCAUUUACUUUAAUUACUCUUUUUUAGUAUUAAUUAAUAUAGUAAAAAUUGAAAUAAAAAGUUAAAAUAAUGACUUUUGG